AUGAAGACUGUGGCUAGGUUAUCUCGGUGCUAUGAGGGAUUGGUUAAGGAAUUCAUUGUCAACAUUCCUGAAGAUAUUGCUGAUGAAAACAACAAGGAAUUUUGCAAAGUUUUUGUGAGAGGUAAGUGUAUCACAUUUUCUCCCACUGUCAUUAACAAGUUUCUAGGAAGAGGUAUAGAGGGUGCAUGUGAAUUGGAAGCUACAUACAAUGAGGUCUGUAGAGAAAUUAUAGCAAGGAAGGUGAAGGAAUGGCCUAGUAAAAACCAUCUUCCUUCUAGGAAGCUGACUGUUAAGUAUGCCAUAUUGCAUAAAAUAGGAUCUGCAAAUUGGGUGCCUACCAACCACAUUUCUGCAAUUUCUAAUACCCUUGGAAUAUUUAUCUUUGUUGUUGGAACCAAACUCAAAUUCGACUAUGGUAGGUUUAUGUCUGAACAAAUUGUCAAGCAUGCUUCUACCAAUGCAGUAAAGCUGCCUAUUGCCUUCCCCUCCAUGAUUUAUGGGAUUAUCCUGAGUCAACACCCUGGGAUUCUAAGUACUAAUGACCUACCAAGUAGAAGAAAACCUGCUCUAUCAGUACACUAUAAAUUGUUUGAAGGAAGUCAUGUCGAAGAUAUUGUCAUGACAUCUGCUGUGAAAAAGCCAGCCUCAAAAGGUGGACUUAUUGUUGAGCUGAAGGAAACGUCUAAAGAGUUCGGUGUAGGGAUAAGGGUAGCAACAACCAGGAAAGAAUAG